AUGGCUAAGCGUUAUUUCAAAGCAACCUAUUUCAUUCCCAAUAAUCCUGGCAACCAAGCUGGUAUAAUUGGACAAGCUAUGGAACAGAUUUCCAAUGCUCCUUGGAAACCAAUCUUCUUUUGGAUGGCAUGGUCUGGAAAAGGAAUCGAACUGUCUGUUUAUCCUGAAAUCGGUCCUAAUCCAAUUAUUAAACGAAUUACAGAUGUAGAUCCAAGAGGCAAAAUGCAUACAAUCGAAAUGUGA